AUGUCCACCCCAACACCAACCCUCCUCCUCAUCGGCUCCGGCCCUGGUCUCGGCAUCUCCAUCGCCAAAUCAUUCGCCACUCACUCCUUCUCCAAGAUCGCCCUCAUCUCCCGUAACAACACUCGUCUUCUCUCCGAAAAAGCCAGUCUCGAAUCCUCCGUCCUGGAAUCAGCAGGCAAGCAAAUCGAAGUCGAGACCCGGAGCGUGGAUAUUGCCGAGAGUGAGAAGUUCAAGACUGUUUUGAAGGAGGUGGGUGAGUGGGGGACGGUGACGUGCGUGGUGUUUAAUGCGGCGAGGGUGCAGCCGAGUGAGAUUUUGGUGGAGGGGGAGGAGGAGAUUGUGAAGGAGUUUAUGAUCACAAACAUCGCUCUUUACACAGCUGCUCAAUGGGCGAUGCCAAUCUUGAGCAAGCUGCCCGUAGAACAAAAACCGAGUUUCUUGGUCACGAGUAGCUUGUUGUGGAAACAUCCAUAUCCACCAUUCUUCUCGCUGUCGAUGGUGAAGGCUAGUCAGAGGACGCUGGUGCAGUGUUUGGGAUUGGCGUUUCCUGAUGUCCAUUGCGCUCUGUUGAAUGUAGCCGGGCAGGUGUCUGAAGAUGAUAAAGUCUUCAACCCCACAGCCAUCUCGGAGAAGUUUUGGGAGUUGUAUGAUCAGGAGAAGGAUGCUUGGACAUUGGAUUUGGAUGUUCUUGCUCCACAGUAA